AUGGAUGACCCAACCAUCAACAUUUUGCUUGCGACAUUUGCUGGCCUAGGUCUCCCGCGUACUCUGAAUCUUCAGAUCAAAGCAUCGCAACCCAUUGGGCACUUAUUCACGCUAGUCUUUGAUCGUCUACCGCAAAAUGUCGACGGGCUGGUCUUAACGACUGUGUCGAACAAACAACUCUCGGCGCAUGACCAGACACCAGUUUCAGCUUUGCUUAGCACAACCAAGGACAGAUUACUGUCCCUCCGUCUAAGUCGGCGACUGUGCGGUGGCAAGGGUGGCUUCGGCUCUCAGCUCAGGGCUGCUGGUGGUCGCAUGAGUAGUCGCAAGAAUCGCGAUCGACAGGAGAAUGUAAAUGGCUCAAACAGAAACCUAGACGGGCGGCGUCUUCGGACCGUAGAUGAGGCCAAACGUCUAGCUGAGUACCUGGCAAUCAAGCCUGAGAUGGAGAAACAAGAAAAGGAGACGCGGAAGAAACGAUGGGAAGCUAUCGUUGAUGCCGCCGAGAAGCGAGAGGAGGAUAUUCGCAGUGGUCGAAGCGGAGCCAACCAGGGCCGUUUGGACUCGCAAUACGUCGAGAGCAAAGAGCUCGCCGAGGAAAAGACUCGUGAAGCGGUCCUGAGAGCUAUGAGGGACGGAGGUUCUAUCACAGAGCCGACUGGCAGUGAGAGUUCAAACGAGGACGAGGAAAUGGGAGCUAGUGACGAUGAAGAAUCUGCAUCGUCUUCAUCGGACGAAGGGCAAGCAGGCCCAUCCGAGCGCCGCCAGAAUCAAGGCAUGAGCUUGUACGGUUGGGACGACGACGAGGAGGAUGACGAUGACGACGACGACGACGAAGAGAGAAGCGAAAAUCAAAUGCAUGGCACCGGCAGUGUCAACCAAGAGAGCAGUAACCUGGAAGCGGCGGAGCCUCAAGUGAUUGAGGAUGGCAUAGGUUUUUCGAAAGGCAAGGGCAAAGGGAAAGCUUGCACAUGA